AUGACUCCAGCCGUUUAUAAGAAUUUUCAAUCAAGUUCAUUGGCAAGAAACUUUAACAAAGUUAUUGGACUUGCACCUUUUGUUAAGGAAGAUGAAUUUAAGAAACUAGAGGAUUUAAUAUUACACGAAGCUGAUUUAAUUAAAAUUGGGGCAUUUAGACAACUUAACAAGAUGUCCAAUAUCGCCACAACUGACGAUAAGAAAAAAAAGUUUAUUCUUGCAAAACUAAGAGCUACCAUAGAAUUGAUAAAAUAUUAUGGUGUUGUAUGGAAUUGCCCGAUGGUAAAAUUCACAUUUGUUCAAGGAUUAUACUAUGCACAUGGCUGUCAAAAAUUAUUUAAAGAGAAUCCGGGUCAAUGUCUCGAAAAGAAAAUGCAGUUGUACACAGCCUUCAUCUUCAGUCAUAAGAUUGAAGUAAAUCGUUUAACGAGAUUAUUUUUAAACAAAACUUCUAAAGAAGUCGAAAGACACAUGGGUAAAGAAAAUAAAACAUUGAAAUACACAGACAUCAAAAUAGCAUGCGAAGUAAAAUUAGCACAAGAAAAUAAAAAUAUACUUUUAAAAACAGCAAUGAAAAUGUUUAUGGGAAGUUCUAAGAAUUAUGAUUGUGCUACCGAGUUAUUACCAUUUGAAAAUGACUUAACGGAGAUUGGUUCAUAUUCUGGAGAAUUUCAUUAUUUAGUAGCCAGAGCAUAUGGCCACCAAAAAAAUUAUAAAUUGGCUGUAGACCAUCUUCGUAAAGCACGCCAAACACCAGUUUUUGACUCAAAGACUCGUGAAACCAAUAAAAAAGUACAAGCAUAUUAUGAAAAAAUGUACACACGUUUGAAUGCAAAUGUCAAAUAG